GCUGGUCACAGUCAAGGUAUAACCGGCUUAGGUGAAUGAUCAAAAGACAUCGAAUAGCAUCGUGAAGGUGGAAGUGGCCCGAUCAGUGGUGCAGUCGGAACCUCCAUCAUCAUCAUGGCUCUCUACAAACCCUUACGAAGUCUUCACUUGCCUUCUUGCAGCUCUCGCCUCGCAACAUCCUCCUCUUCCUCCUCCGCCUCCUCCUCUUCCCGAGUCACAUUACAUGAUCCGCGAGUCGUGCGCUACAUCGCCAUUCAUACAUUCUUCACUCGGCAAGCAUCUACGCUCUCCUCCUCUCAUCAAAGCACCAAUGUUCGCCUUCUUAGGCGUGUCCCGCCGAUACGCUGUCGGGCUAAUUCAACAGCCACGACACCACCUUCCAAACCAUGCCCCGAUUGUCCUAAAGCCGAAACGAGAGGUCAUGCACAAGAGUACACUCCUUUCAUUCAACGUUUGAUCCACCGCACACAGACGCUCACUCCGAAUUCGCCUCAUCGGCCGACGAAAGAAGAGUUACUUACUGCCGCGAGGACUCGAUGGGAACGAUUUCGAAUUCGAUUACAGUGGUUUUUCAUUCGAGGUUGGAGACGAUUCAAUACGGAUGAUUUGAGUGCCUUUGCGAGUUGGUUCGUCGUUGGAAACACCAUUUGGAUCUUGAUUGGAACGACGACAUUUGUCUCGGCCGUCUUUGCGACGUUGAACUCGUUGUCAUUGCAGAAAUACGUAGCGAGGUGGAUAUCAGAUUAUCUGACGUCAGAAACGGGAGUCAAUGUCGUAUUCGAAUCUGCUAUCGUGCCUCGUUGGGGAGCAUCCACGAUAUGCUUCUCCAACGUCUACGUCUCAAGACGACCCAAAGAUGAUGUACCGAAAUCUGAUUCCACCGAUUUUUCCCAUUCAUCCUCUCCUUCUGCUUCUUCUUCUACUUCCUCCUCCUCCUCCUCCCCCUCCUCUUCCCCCUCGUCGCAUCUACCUGCCCCGAUCCCAUUCCUGUCUUCCUCUUUAUCCCCCGAGACGUACUUCUCACCGCCGGCUGCGGAGAGCGACAACUACACCAUGUUUGAUGUCAACAUAGACGAAGUGGAAGUUACACUGAGCUUUAUGCGCUGGCUUGAUGGCAAAGGAUUGGUAAAGGAUGCAAAGGUCAAAGGCGUACGAGGCGUUGUCGACCGCCGCUCCGUCUGGUGGGACAUGUCCAAACCUCUCCUUCCAGAGGAUUUCCGGCAUUCCACUUUACCUGGAGAUUUUGAGCUCGAAUCCAUGUCGAUUGAAGAUGCUCUCGUGACCAUUUAUCAGCCUGGUGGUCAGAGACCUUACAAUAUUUCCGUGUUCUCAGCAAUGAUUGGACCCCUGCGGAAACGUUGGCUAUUCUACGAUCUGAUGAGCGCAGAAGGCAUCACUGGGCAAUUUGAUAAUUGUUUGUUCAGUCUGCACAUGCCUCAGAAGCUCGGCAAAACGCAUACGGGAGAAGGCGAAGUGGUCAAGCGGAUGGCUCGAUUUCGAGUUGAUGGACUGCCUAUCGAGCACGCUCAGUAUGCGACUGGACAUACUGGACCCAUGUCUUGGAUCACGUCGGGAAAACUGGACGCUGUUCUGGAUAUCAAAUUUCCUCAUCACCCAGAUGACGAAGUGGAUUUCCGCGCGCUGUUUGAUCAAAUCGGACGGAAUGUAGCGACUAUCAAGCAAGGUGCUCAUCCUGCCGAGAGGCUGCAAGUCAGCACCAGCAGCAGCAGCAGCAGCAGCAGCAGCACCAGCGCCAUCAACCCAGGUCAGCAUCGCUUAGCUAGACCUGCUCUACGGGCUCCGAAUGCUGGCAAGGAAGCUUUUGAUCAAGAACUUCAUAAACGUCAAGUGACGGUGGACAUUGAUCUCCGAUUCCGUGAUCUUAAAGCCGCUGUGCCGAUCUUCACGUCGGAUCUGAGCGUUACGAAUCAAGCGUUGAUCAGGCCAAUAGUGGCAUUUAUCAAACUGACCAGUCGAUGCAGCGCCAAUCGCACUCUGGUACCGAUUCACUGUCAAGUGGCCGCUGACCUGUCAGAUUUCGAUGGAUCUUGGACACUGACUUUUCUUCUCACAGCCGGCCUCAUGACUUCCAUCUCGGACCAGAUCUACUCUGCUCUAGCACACCACGUCUCGUCAGAAAGUGCAAAUUCGAAACGAAUUCGCCAAGUCUCAUUCUGGGGUUUACAACGAGGCGCCGAAGUCCUAUUGGAUACGUUGAGGAGAGCUAUGGACCCGGUCCAUGGGCAGUUGGCCACGAUAUGA